CUGUUGUCCAGGGGCCACUGGAGUGUGGGAGGUUCUGGCUCGGGGGGCAGUGAGUGUGUCGGGCGGCUUCUGAGGCCCCAGGAGGCCAUGCGGCGCUGUCUCCGACUCGCUCGGGGCGAGAGAGUGGGUGCGGCCUGCUUCUUGGGUGCAGUGGGUCGGAGGGGCCUCGACUCGUAUUUAGAGUUAAUUUGUUUUUUACAGGAAAAACUCUAGGAGAGAAAAAUAAUGUAUUUCAUGCUAAUGCAUUUGGUGGGUCAAAUAUGUUUCUCUUAAUUAUUAUUGAAAUGCAGAGAUGUCAGUUGGCAUUUUUUAAAAGCUGAGUUUACUUGUUUGAGAGAUACCCUGUCUUGCGGGCACAAUUUUUCUUUUUUCCUUUUCUUUUUUUUAUGUAAGCUCUGUAUUUUAGCGACAGCCUGAGGGCAGUGCAGCUUGGGGGCCCAUGGCCGUGCGGGGCUGGCUGAGAAGCUAUUUAGAAGCGAAGCAGUUCGGGCUUUUUCACUGGACACUUGAACCCAGCUCCCGUCUCUACCCGUCCAGCACCUCCUCCAGGUGCUGGAUGGUUCCAAAGAGGAGAAAGCUUUGCUCCUUUGCUCUGUGUCGUGUGUGUCUUAGGGGAGAAAACACUCAAAUGGCUCCGUGGCCACAAGAGCUUUGUGUUGAAACAGCAGAAUUCCAGGUUGGCACUGCCACUGUGCCUGGUGGUGGGCUCACCACCGAGUGGGCCGUCUGUGCCCCCUCCUUCUGGGGAGCCAUGGCGGGUUCACCUUCUGGGGGGGGGUCAGACCAAGGGCCCAGGAGGGCUUCUGCGACUCACCGCCCGGGGGGCCUUGCUCCCUGCAGCCGUCUGCCCGUUCUCAGCGCUGGCCCAGUGGGCGGACGGUGCCGGGCCCCCGGGAGCUGCUGUGCUGUGCGGACCCUGGUGACCCAAGGGCGGCCUGGGCACUGGGGUAACUGGUAUCAGUGCCUCUACCGUCCAGCUGCUGCCCUGGCUCUCUAGUCGCUGCUGCCGGACACGGGCAGGUCCUGCCCACCUGCUGCGCCCACCCCGCAGUGCCCCACGUUGGCACUCCGCACAGCAUCCACACUGGUAACCAGCCCCCCAGGCGCCCCACGCCCUGCUGUGUGUACUGCCCCAGACUGCCCUGCCUUGACCUUUCACCGCUGCCCGGGGGCCCCUCCCUGCCCUUCCUAGUCUUGGCAGUGCCGCUCCCUCCUCGUCACUCAGGGUUCAGCGUAAGUGCCGCCCUGGGUGGCCUCUGGCCAUCCAGCCUUGAUUGGCUGUCACCUGCUCCCGGCCCAGCCCACGUCACAGGCGUGUGUGUGUUUUGGCCUCGUGAACCUCGGGUGGGGUCACGGGAUGGCAUCUGAGCUGCUCCCCGAGGUCAGGUGGGAUCGUGGGGAGGGGUGCUCUGAGCAGAGCGGCAGGUGCUCCAGAAGCGUCUCCGAGGCACUGCGCCCGGCACAGUCCUGCCCUGGGAGGACAGGACUCCACUUCCCCAUCUUGUCCCUGGCCCUCCCAACACCGUGGCUGGUGGGGCAGGGAUUAUGUGCUCACCUAACUUUCCCCUGAUGCUGAAAAGCAACACACUGUAGAGGAGUUGACUGCAAGAGACUUACUUGCUACUGUAUUCUCUCAGACCUCACCAUGAAUGUGUAUUUUCUGUUAUGUUGAAACCUGUGGAAUUGCCAACAUCUGACGCCUUUGGCUUUUGAGACAGGGCUCAGAUGGGCCCCCCGCUGAGCCGCCAGACACCCCUGCCUCCCGUCCGGCCUCCAGAGCCUCUGUGCCAGGGAGGGGCCAGCACCGCUCUUAUGCAGUGAUCCAACAGGAAGUGACCGGUUGGUACCUGAGACGAGCUGAUGUCACUGCGGUGGCUCUGGCUGGGCGCGGCUGAGUCUCGGGUCUUGAAGGGCCAUGAGUCUGGCCCACCUGGUCAGUGGAGGGGGGGCUUCAUCAUUCACCUCGGCGGCCAGGCAGACUUCCGCUGACCCGCCUGCCCUCCCUCCAGGCCCGGGGCCAGGUGGAGUGACAGGAGGCCCGCGAGUGCCCGCCCCUCUGCCUGCAGGCCCCUCCCACGGGCCAAGCCGGUUCUGCGGCCCAGCGCUGUCGUCUGCGGCUGGAUGGGGCCCAUCCUGACCGCCCAGGGCAGCAUCCUGACCGCCCAGGGCAGCAGAGCUUGGCGGCCAGCCUCUGAAGAGCAGGCGUCUGAGGUCUGGCCUCUUUGCUGUUAAAGGCGAUUGGACAAGAGGAUGGUGUGAACAGUAAGAAGAUCAAGUACAGUUUGUUUGGUUUGAUUUUUCAUUUUAGGAAGUUCUCUUGACUUGUUGUUUUAUACAACAUUUAACAAGUUACGGUAUGUCUUGCUUUCAGUUCUGAGGGUACAGAAAGCAGGGCUGUGGUGCAGUUGCACAUUCGGGGCGUCUGGGGGGGCUGGUUCGUGUGGCCCUCCCUGUCAGUCACGCGUGACCGAGAUGCUGGGCACCGAGCCCCACCCUUCGCCGAGCCGCGUGUGUGACCUGGGCUGGUGGAGACCCUGGCAGAGGAGGUCAUGAGUGACCCCUGCCCUUGCAGAAACGCCUGGAAAGGGCAUAUCCAGGACCCUGCCAGCCAGCGGCUGACGUGGAACAAGUCCCCAAAGAGCGUCCUCGUCAUCAAGAAGAUCCGGGAUGCCAGCCUGCUCCAGCCCUUCAAGGAGCUCUGCGUGUACCUGAUGGAGGAGAACAACAUGAUCGUGUACGUGGAGAAGAAAGUUCUGGAGGACCCGGCCAUCGUGAGCGAUGACCGCUUCGGGCCAGUGAAGAGGAAGUUCUGCACGUUCAGAGAAGAUUACGAUGACAUCUCCAACCAGAUUGAUCUCAUCAUUUGCCUGGGAGGAGACGGGACCCUGCUGUACGCCUCGUCGCUCUUCCAGGGCAGCGUGCCUCCGGUCAUGGCGUUCCACCUGGGCUCCCUGGGCUUCCUGACCCCCUUCAACUUCGAGAACUUUCAGUCCCAAGUUACUCAGGUGAUACAGGGGAACGCAGCUGUUGUUCUCCGGAGCCGGCUGAAGGUCAGGGUCGUGAAGGAGCUCCGAGGGAAGAAGGUGGCCGUCCCCAAUGGGAUCAGCGAGAAUGGGGUGCUGGCCGCAGCCCUGGAUGCAGAGGUCGGGAAGCAGGUCAUGCAGUACCAGGUCUUAAACGAGGUGGUGAUAGACAGAGGCCCAUCCUCAUACCUGUCCAACGUGGACGUCUACCUGGAUGGGCACCUCAUCACCACGGUGCAGGGCGACGUCUGCCCCGCAGGCGUGAUCGUCUCCACCCCAACGGGCAGCACGGCGUACGCAGCCGCCGCCGGCGCCUCCAUGAUCCACCCCAACGUGCCGGCCAUCAUGAUCACGCCCAUCUGCCCCCACUCGCUGUCCUUCCGGCCCAUCGUGGUUCCUGCGGGGGUCGAGCUGAAGAUCAUGCUGUCACCGGAAGCAAGGAACACUGUGUGGGUGUCCUUCGAUGGACGAAAGAGACAGGAGGUCCGCCACGGAGACAGCAUCAGCAUCACUACCUCUCGCUACCCGCUCCCCUCCAUCUGUGUCCACGACCCCGUGAGCGACUGGUUUGAGAGCCUGGCACAGUGUCUGCACUGGAACGUGCGGAAGAAGCAAGCCCACUUCCCAGAGGACGAGGAGGACGCGGACGAGGAGGAUGGGGUGGGGCGGGCAGGGAGCUAGGUCUACGGUCCUGCCGUCUGCACUCGGGACGGGUGGACCUGAACGCGCGUCGUGAGCGUCACGGGCCCAGCGCCAGUGGCAGGUGCCGCGCCACUUGUCUGGCCAGAGGAAGGGCCUGCAAUCUGCCUUUUGUCGACCAGAUCAGCUGUUUUUAACGUUUUAAAUCUGACUUUUCUGCAUUUCUAAACAAGUGAGCAGACCAGGAGCUCUGAGGUCAGCCCAGGCGCACCCACCCUGCGCGUGGUCAGAGCCCGGCCCCAGGCAGGGACGGCCGAGCCUGGUGGGCUCCUUGUAAUUCCUUGUCAGGAAACUUCCAUAAAUCAGUCUACUGAAAUUCAGAGGGGAUCAGAAUGAAUGGGUCUAUCCUACGGUCUUGAAAAUAAAUGUCUCACGGCCAAAAAUCUUCCUUCAGCUCCCACGACUUCCCCUGAAGCCACUUGGGGGGACGCUUCUGCCAAGAGCAGGUUGGCUGCCAGGACAGAUGGGUCCCCAGGCCCUGGUCUCCUCCCCCGCUUCAGGGUGACCGGCACUGGUGGGGCGAGGGUUCAGACCGCACACAUUCCCCGGGAAGCAGGGACGCACCUCCCCACCCUGGAAGGUGUUCUCAAUCCUGUGUCUACUUUUUAGAGAUUCUUUUAAACUUUCUGAAAGUGCUUACGUACAGAUUUUGUUGUGUACAUUUUGAGAAUUCGGCGGGAAGGGAGUUUGUGCUGUGAAGUGGGACCAUUCUGUGCAGCCCGCGUGACCCUCAGGAGCGCUGGGCGACCCUUGCUCAGAGCGCCUGGCUUUCGGCGGGCCGGGGAGGUGUUGAAGCUGCUCUUGCUUCUCCCCGGGGGCCUGGCUUCGAGGGCGCGCCCGUAGUUCCAGCCCCCGCGCCUCCAUCGCUGGCUGCCUGGGCUGGGGCCGCCUGGAGUCUGGUGGGAGCAGUGGCUCGUGGGGGGCGUGUAGCCCUGGCCCCGCUUACUGUCGCCUAACAGGCUUCCUAUUUUUGAGUAACUGAUUUCUCCCUGAGUUGCAUUUUCUCCUGUUACAUUGGCCAGAACAGAAGGGACGGGGGCCCGUCAUUUCUUGGACUCCCUUCUGGAAGGACAGGGGCCGGGGGGCGCUGUGCUUUGCCCGCUUGGAGGGUCACGGGCUGAUGGAAGGGCACCCGGGGUCUCCAGGGCGGGCCCUGGGGCCUGAGCACCGUGGCCGUCAUCCACGUGUGUGUACCAUGCUGUCCCCUCGCGUGCCCAUGUGGGCAGCUCAGCUGGCGCUGGGCACGGAGGUUGGUUCCCACCCUCUGCCCGCGAGCUCGGGCACAGCGGGCGGCCCUCCCGGCCUCCCAUGGGCUGAGGGGGCGACACUCCCAGCUUCAGGUCCAGAAGAGAGUGGCAGUCAGAACGCAGGUUACUCGUUCAGACAACAGAGCCAGUGUAGACCAAGUCCUGAAGCGUGACAGGGAAUGACCUAGGAGACUUUGGGUUUUUGAAAUCAAUUCUUAAUGUUUCAUAUUGUUAAUAUCUUGAAAAUUUGUUAAAUGUUGAAAGCCUUAUUACUAUUUUCAGAUCCUUUCAAUAAACAGGCUUGUUUAAAAA